AUGGACUAUGAAGUGUUAAUGAGAAUCUUCAUGACCCUCAAUUUGGUGGAUUUCGUUGCUGUUUCUUGGGUGUGUAGCUCCUGGCGAAAAGUUUGCCAAGAUCAUGUGUUUUGGAAUAGAGAAGUGUUAGAUCUUAGCAAGCUGACUCCGCAAUUCGUCUUAUCAACUUCAAGGAUGAUUCCGUUCUUGAAGUAUGUUUUAUAUCUCAGUGGCGGCAAAAUAGGUUCUCUCAUACUCAAUCGUCUACCUCUGAGAGAUCGUAUCUUGAUUAAUGUUGCCAAAAGGAGUCGUAAUCUAAAACGGCUUGUUCUACCAGCUGGACGUUACCUGCAACUUACAGAAGCAGGAAUAGAUAAAGCGAUGGAGAUGUGGGAAGGGCUAGAGUCCUUCACCAUCACUGACAGUGAAAUUGCUUUUAGCAUUCUGGAAGCCAUGGGCAAAUAUUGCAGAAACAUCUCUGAAAUUAAGAUAACUUGUCAUUUUAGCGCGAAGAUUGCCAUGGCCUUGAUGACGUAUGUGCCCAGGCUCAAGAGACUGAGUGUUCAGUCAACACGGGUGAACAAAGAUGCUCUAGUUAAUGUGGUAGACCAUUUACAACAAUUGGAGAUUCUUAAUGUUUCUCACAGUUUCAUUGUUGGGGGGAAUCGUCCAGAGAACAUAAGAGUAUUCUCACAACAAGAAGUGCCAAACAUUCUGGGUGAAGUGUCAAGAAUGCCAAGCACAGUAAUAAGCUGUGAAAUCUUCUGUGCUAUGUGCCAGGCCGUGUUGGCUUGGAAUAUGGCUUAUGAAGGGAGGAACCAUGACGAAGAAAAUUGGCAUGAUGAUGAAAUACCAUCUCUUCGAGUUUAA